AUGCCGUCGCCCAAGUUCCAGUCGCCCGCCAACAGCGACACCAUCGCCCCGGACACCGGCUUUCCCGUCACCAUCGCCAUCGACAACCUCGCCAUCGAUAACCCCGCCAUCGACAACCUCGACACCGCCCACUUCACCAGCUCCACCACGUCGUUCCACAUGCCGCCCCAUCACAUCAACGCACACCCCCACUCGCACAUCAUCGUCCAGCACACCCUGUCCCUCCCUCAGACCACGCCCACGCACCCCACCAAACGCGUGUUCGCCAACGGUCUCCACAACGUCGCCGUCAACGGCCGACCGCUGCCUACCGUCUCGCGUCCAUCGACUCGGCGGCGACUUCCACAAACACAUCUGCCAAGCGCACGCCGCGAGCCCGCAAUGCCACCGUCGUCGCGCACCGACUCCACCGCGCGGACAACUCGAUCAUCGUCGCUCUCGACGACCAACCUCUCGGACGCUGCCCCUGCCGCCAUCUGCCGUUCGCCCGCAGACGGCAGGCACCACGGCCUCGACCGGGACGUGGCCAGCCAUCUCCGCCGGCGGUCCGCACAGCGGACGCCGUCGUCCAGGUGA